AUGACGAUAGAGAAGAGAGAGAGAGAUGUCUGUGAUACAGCGCCGUGGAGGAUGAUAGUCUGUCUUGGUCUCGCACAGCCUCUUCCACGGCAACACUACUAUACAACCAAGGAGAAGAGCAAGAUACACGAAAUACACGGUAUGUACGGGCAAGAAACGAGGGGCGGAGCAACUUCCGGAGUUCUCGGAGCUUUCGGAGCCGACCAGCUCGUGUUUAUCCCCCUUUUUACGAUGGCUUGUGUUGCUGACUCAUCGCUUCCGACUUAUUUUCGUUCAAAGGAUCUUGAUAUCAAGGACGAGGCUGAAGAAGAUGCGGUGGAAGAAGCAGGAUAG